CGUGGUAUUGGUUGGUCCAUCUUUGGCAUUUGAUUCAUGACAUUUGUCAUGAGAACAUCAUGGAAUCUCUAGCUGUGAGAUGGAGACACUCUUUUCUCUAUCUCGCCUUGAUCUAUGCCGUUCUCUACUUUCUCCACACCAAUUUGGUCCUGGACAGACGCCCUAUUCGUCUGAAGAAAUGGCCGGAUCUUCCUCUCAGGUUCCGCCACGAUGGCACUUUCAAGAUCCUUCAGGUAGCUGAUAUGCAUUACGGCACCGGACUCCUCACUCGCUGCAGAGACGUCCUGCCCAGUCAGUUCGAUCACUGUUCCGAUCUCAAUACCACCCGAUUUCUUAAGACCAUGAUUCAACUUGAAAAACCUGAUUUCAUCGCCUUUACGGGAGACAACAUAUUUGGUCCAAGCACUGCUGAUGCUGCUGAAUCUCUACUAAGAGCCUUUGGUCCAGUCAUGGAAUCUGGACUUCCAUGGGCAGCUGUCUUAGGAAACCAUGAUCAAGAAUCUACAAUGACUCGUGAAGAACUGAUGUAUUUCAUCUCUCUAAUGGAUUAUUCACUCUCACAAAUCAAUCCACCUUCGAAAGGUCUCUAUAAUGUAAAUGGGGGCAUGAUGACAGCUAUUGAUGGCUUUGGAAAUUAUAAUCUCAGUGUCUAUGGUGCUCCAGGUUCCCAUUUGGCAAAUAGUAGCAUCCUUAACCUCUUCUUUCUUGACAGUGGAGACCGGGAGACUGUUCAAGGAAUUCGAACUUAUGGAUGGAUUAAGGAAUCUCAACUUCAUUGGCUUCGCAGUGUUUCACAGGGACUUCAGGGACAAAAUCAGGAGGUCAAAUACAUAACAGAAACUCUGCCUGUAGCUCUGUCACCAGCACUGGCAUUUUUCCAUAUUCCCGUCCCUGAGGUUCGGCACUUAUACUACCAAAAGAUUAUAGGCCAGUUUCGGGAGGGUGUGGCUUGUUCAUCGGUGAACUCAGGGGUCUUAAAGACUUUGGUCUCCAUCAAAGAUGUAAAGGCUGUAUUCAUAGGCCAUGAUCAUAAUAAUGACUUUUGUGGGAAUUUGGAGGGAAUAUGGUUUUGUUACGGUGGAGGCUUUGGGUACCAUGGUUAUGGAAGGGCUGGUUUUUCAAGGAGAGCGAGAGUCAUAUUGGCAGAACUUAGGAAGGGCGAUAAGGCAUGGAUGGGGGUGGAGAGGAUUAAGACAUGGAAGCGUCUUGAUGAUGAGAAUCUGAGCAAGAUUGAUGAGCAGGUCCUGUGGGAGCUGCAGCCAUCUAGAUGAUUCUCUUUCAAAGUACUGAGAUACUACGUAAUCUGUAUCCAAAUGAUGCUGUACAUCCUGUGUGUUUUUCUUUGUAUUUAACUGUUUUGAGAAAAUGCUUGGGUUUUUUUCCCUGUAAUUUCAUAACUGUGAAAGCUGUCUUUUAAAAAAAAUUGUUUUUUUCAAAAUACUUGUAAUGUAUUACAUUACAUGUAACACCAGCGGGGAGUUUGACUUCUAAUCCACUUUGCUAAAAUCUC